AUAAAUUUUAAAGAUAAUUCAGAUCUUGAAAUUAUAACUGAUUUUGAAAUUGCUGCUAUUAAUGCCAUCAAUGAUGUUUUUCCAUUUUCAAUGCAUUCUGCGUGUUUUUUUCAUUUUUCGCAAAAUAUUCAUCGUCACAUACAAAAGGAAGGAUUAACGACCAAGUAUAUUGAAGAUCUAAACUUCAACUUAUUUUGUCUACAUUUACCAGCAUUGGCUUUCCUUCCAGUUUCUAAAAUAAGUAAAAUGGGGAUGCAGACAUAAACAGUAAAUUGCUGUCUACCUGAAUAUCGUGUGAUGAGAAGUGGUUUUUAGAGAGGGAGUAUUGGAGAAAAACAACCGGCGCGGACCAGACGAUGAAGACCAAGACGUGAUCAACCAACAAACCGUGUUCAGACGUUGCUGUGAAUCAACAGUUGCACUUUUCAAAAGAUUUUAUGAUUCUUACGUCUUUUACAUCCGAUAUACCAACACAUUUAUUACCUACCUACCAAAGGUCGUAGUAUCAAUUUAUUUAUACUCUGAAUAUUUAAACAUGGAGGAAAUGAAACAACUAGCAAUGACAUUAAUGCAGUGUAAAUCGUUCAAAGAACGACAAGAACGUCUAAGUGAUUCACUCGAUCAUCUGUCAUUCAACUAUCCUGAUCUCUACACUGUGUGGUUUAGAGAGAUGAAAAGACGAGAACUGGAAUCUAAUGAUCCAAAUAAAAUUAUUAAAUGGUUAAGUAAUCCGUCAUCUAAAUCAUUUGUAAAACUCCACGAAGCAUUGAUGUUGGUUAAAAAUAACAACAUAAUGGCCAAAGAGGAGUAUAUGAAUAAUUUAAGGCGCAUGCUAAAUCAAACAAUUGAAAAUGGUACCAAUAUUGAGGCAGCAGUGAAAAUAUGCCAUUUAAUCGAGAAAUCAACAAACUUAAGCAUCAUUCAUGAGAAUUUGAAACAUCUAAUUCGUCAAGUAAAUCAACUGAACAAAAGUCAACGUCAUAUGCCAACAGAAACCUUGACAGGAAACUUUUGGACAAAUCAUUUUAAAUCACCACAAGUAGACCCUUUCGAACGAUUCAAUUUUCAGUCUGCUCAACACGUGAAUACCCCUGUUUGGCCAAACGUACUGCAACCAACAAAUUUAAAUAAAUCUAUCCCUGCUGGUCUUCCACACUUUAGCAUGGAAUGUUUUGGGUACAACCAUCUGGAAAUGAUCGCAAAGACAAACGGGGCCACUAUUUUGGGGGACUCACAGUCACUAAUCGACCUGACAAUCCUUAAUCAAGAAAUGGACGGAGCAGUUGCUAAAUGGCUCCACUACUUAAAACUACAUAAAUACCAAUGGUUCUUCAAUAGUCUCAGUUAUCUUGAAAUUGUAUUCAUUGACGAAGACAAUAUUGACGAUUUCAUUGCUAAAGUUAACAAAAAUUCCAUUACAAAAGGCGCACAAAAAAAGAUCUGCAUAUCAACAAAGACAUUGAGGGAUCGGCCACAAAAGUUGAACAACUUAUUAUUGGCUUUGGAUUUGGAAGUAACGCCAAAUGAACUGUGUGAAUUCAUGUCAUACAUGCGAGACAUAUUGCAUUAUCCCAUACCGAACAAGCAUUGUGUUGUUGGCGACCAAUUACAACAAGACAUAGUCCUUGUCAUGGAGAAAUUGUUAAAUCAGCUGCUAGAAAAACUUGGUAUGGUCCGUUCUUUAGUCGCCCAGAGUCUACUUGGAAUGUCUAUCAAUAAAUACUUGGAGUGCGUCUUAUUAAUAAUUGGUAAUCAAACUUUUAUGAAACAGCAAAUAGAAAAAUCAUUGAUGUUUGCUGAAACCUUAAAAUAUAAAGUCCACAGAAUGCCUAGAAACUUUAACUAAUGUGUUCAUUUUAAUUCUGCCAUCGAAACUUCAUAUUACAUAUGCAUUUUUUUUUAGUUUUAAUAUUGUUGUUAGUGACUGAUACAUAUCUGAUUUAUUUUAAUAUACCUAAUUGUUUUAUUUAUCUAAAAUGUAUAUCAUUGUUUACGAUCUUAACUUUUUAUAUUUAUAUAUAUAUAUAUGGAUGAUGCGUGUUAUAUUCAAUUGUUAGUAUU